UUCCCUUUAAGAGCAAUGGGGAAGUGGUAGCCACGUUCGACUACAGGAGGAAAAGAGAGUAUGCCUUGACUUGUAGGCCCAACAGAAGAAUCUGAUAUAUCAGUUGUUUUUGAGGCUUCUAGAGUGCCAUAGUUUUUUAGAAUUAAAAGGGAAACCUUUAAGAAUGACCUCAUCAUGGGUCUCCAUGUGUGCUUUACUUCUUUGCCUUUCUAUCGAGAAACCAAUCCCCACACUUGCAUGGGAUGCAGACCUGGAGCUGUUCGAUCUCGUUGAAGAAAUACCGCAAACAUUCUAUGAAUUCUUGUCUGUGGAUCAGGAUGCUUCGUCCGCAGACAUUAGGAAGGCCUAUCGAAGGCUUUCCCUCACCCUGCAUCCAGACAAGAACAAAGAUGAAAAUGCAGAAACGCAGUUCAGGCAGCUUGUGGCAAUUUAUGAGGUCUUGAAGGAUGAAGAAAGGAGACAAACGUACAAUGACAUUCUGGUCAAUGGACUCCCUGAUUGGAGACAGCCAGUGUUCUACUACCGGCGGGUGAGGAAGAUGAGCAAUGCAGAGCUAGGCUUCCUCCUCUUCCUGAUCUUGACUGUCGGUCACUACGCAGUCAUAUGGUCUAUUUAUCUGGAGAAGCAGCUGGAUGAACUUCUGAGUAAAAAGAAGAAAGAGAAAAAGAAAAAGAUGAGUAACAAGGGCACGGAGGAUGGGAAGGGUGUCAACCAGGAGAAGAAUGAGCGGUCCUAUGACAAACCCCAGUGGCAUGACAUCCUGCCGCUCAAACUGAGCAUCUGGCUGUACUUCUCCGUGAAGUCCCUCCCUCAGGUCAUUCAGGAGGUGAAGCAGUACUAUGAAGACUAUCAAGCAAUGAAGGUCAAAGAGAAGGAGGAAGCUGAGGCCUUGGCUGCACAGGAGGCACAACAAAAGGAAAAGCGUCCUAAAGUAAAGAAGCCAAAGAUAGAGUUCCCUGUCUAUGAGCCCAGCGCCUUCGAUACAAACUAUGCAGCUCCGUACGACCAGGCAGCGUCCAUUGAAGACAUCGAGGACCAGAUGGAUGACUGGCUAGAAGAAAAAAAAUCUCAGAAAAAGAAAGUCCCCGAGUGGACAGAGGAGGACCUCAGCCAGCUCAGCAGGUGCAUGGUGAAGUUUCCAGGGGGCACUCCGGGACGGUGGGAGAAGAUUGCCCAUGAAUUGGGCAGGUCCGUGUCAGAGGUAACUGCAAAGGUCAAACAAGCCAAAGACAAUAUCACCAUCACACCAGGGCUGGUGAAGCUCUCCGAUCUGAAGGGUGCCUCUGUAGGGGGUAAAGUGUCCAAAGCAGGGGCGGUGCCGGACAACCUGAUGACCCAGCGUGAGGAGCUGCCACUGGCCCAGGAGCAGCUAGCGGAGCCAGACGGCGGCGAGGAGACGGAGGCGAAGGGCCUGAGGAGGAGGGCGAAGAGGGCAGCAGCCGGCGCGGGGGCAGGGAGCGGGAGUGGCGCUGGGGAGGACAAGCCCAGCCGGAGCCGUCGCCAGAGGGACUUUGAUCCUGACGCCGUGGAAGAGGACAGUGACGAGGACAGGCGGGCGCAAGCGCCAGCACCGCAGAAGGAGAAAGCCUGCGCUGCCCCUGCAGAGGAUUUGUGGACACAGAACCAGCAGAAGCUUCUAGAGCUGGCGCUGCAGCAGUACCCACGCGGCACCACGGAACGCUGGGACAGGAUCGCUAAAGUGGUGCCCGGAAAGAGCAAGGAGGAGUGUAUGAUUCGUUAUAAGUUGCUGGCUGAACUCAUACAGAAACGGAAGCAAGCGAAGAGCUGACUCUCCUCCGGCAGCCAUUUUGGGUUUUCACUUUACCUCUCACCUGUCUGUCAUGUGCCUUAAGCUCCACACUGAAAGAGAACCCAGUUACCAGACAUCUACAAUUCCCAAGAUUCUACUCGAUAUGGAAGCCAUAGCAUUAUACUUCAGGAGAAUUUCACAUCUCCUUUGUGAAACCAUCUGUUGCAAUAUAUGCUGAAAAUGUUUUUAUUUAUUUUUCAUUUUGCAUUUCAUCCUUUGCAUUGUCCCCUUUUUCCUUCAUAGUUUAUCUGUUUUCAGUGGGAAGCUGUCAACAUUGUUUAAGGUGUUUUUAUAAAUCCAUGAAUCAAAUAACUUUUCA